GGGCUGGGCUCUAGCAACCUUUACAAAAAUUGCAAGGAACCGGAUAGGAGCGAACCGAAGGCGAAGAACCCCAAUUCUCGCAGUUAGAACACAAUGCUCUUCGCAUACAUAUAAACUUAUGCAUUCUAUUUCUACAAAGAAGAACGAAUCUACACUCAAAUUGCCUCCCUCUUUUCAUUGACUUCGCCUCCAUCCAUCACCCCCGCCGCCGUCACCUCGCCGACCUAAUGCCAGCGCAGAAGCGGCCGCGCGACAGCAGCACUCCUCCGCCGUCGCCGCCCGAUGCAGAAAAAGGCGACGAUUCGCCGCUAGGCAGCGAGAAUCACAGCCCUGAACAGCCUCAAGACGCCUCAGAUUCCGACUGCAGCUCCGACUCCAGCGGCGGAGAGAAAGACGAAUUUAUUGUAGUGAAACUGGCUGAAGUGCGAAAGGAAGUCCAGUGUCCAAUAUGUUUAGGCAUCAUUAGGAAGACAAGAACAGUCAUGGAAUGCUUGCAUCGCUUUUGCAGAGAGUGCAUCGACAAAUCCAUGCGACUUGGCAACAACGAAUGUCCUGCUUGCCGCACUCAUUGUGCUAGUCGACGUUCUCUAAGAGAUGAUCCGAAUUAUGAUGCCCUGAUCGCCGCUCUCUAUCCAGACAUCGAUAAGUACGAGGAAGAGCAGGAACUGGCUUUCCAUGAAGAGGAGAGAGCUCUCAAUAAGCAGAUCCAAGCUUCUAUUGCCCAGACUUUCCGUCGUCAAGCUGAAGCUCUGGGAAAGAAACGAACAACAAGAGCUACAUCCGCAACAUUUGUCAGGAGGCAGGGCAAUCAUCGAAAUUUGCGAGGACGGAGAAACCGUGCUGCUGAACGCCACGGAUCUGAUGAAGAGGAAGGUAUUAAUGGACAUGAUGAGAGUAAAGACUCAUCCUCAACUGACGAGCACUCUGAACCCAAAACGAAAAGAUACAAGAGAUGGGGAGGAGCUCGGAGAUCACAGCCAUCACCUGAGGGUAGUGGAGAUGAUGCUGAUGAUUCAGAAGCAACCAGGGGAAUACUUGGUGCAUCUUCUACACCUCAUGGCAGUACAGAACUUAUUGCCUGGGGAAGAGGCCGCAAUCGCAGUAACACCUGGCAUGGUGGCCUGAAUUGGACAAAUGGUAGGAUUACUAGGGGUCACCGGUUGUCAAAGCUGACUAAUCGUCUCAAAUCUUUGCAUGAAAGCGAUGAAAUGUUGAAAAUUAGUGUCAUGAUUGUCUCAUUGCACGAAGAGAAGAUAACCAACUUGAAGCGACCGUACCUCUGCUGCAGCCCCACAUCGUCAGUGAGACACUUAUGCCAGUAUGUCGCUAUGCAGACAUCCAUGGAAGCCAGUGAGAUUGAGAUGCUAAUAAUAAAAGAUUUUCAUCCGGUGAACAACUCGCUAAUUCUCCCGAAAGAAUCUGGUGCCUUAGAUCCCAACCAGAAUGAGCUGCAUUUGCUGGAUGAGCAGCAAACGUUGGAGGAAAUUAAUGCCAGGUUUACUCAGCACCAUCUGGUUUUUGCAUACCGGCCAAAGGUGAAACACGAAGGGAAGUGAUGGUAACUUAAGUCGGUCUUCCUGUGCCGGAACAAUGCAGGAAGCAGGAAGUAAGUUUCCUGCAGUUUUUCUAAUUAUAUACAUGUAUAUUCAUUCCUGUUCAGCUCAAGUGGUUUUACAAGUAAAGAGAGUUACCAUAUAGAAGCAAUCAGAGCAACUAGAUUCUAGAGAGACUAUGGUGAUAUAGUUGCGCAUAUAUAAUAUAUGCAUGCCAUACAACGUGAGUUAUAUUUAUGAAUGGUCUUUUUGUAUGCGAAGAAACAUCCUUUUUUCAAAUGGAGCCUCUCACAACAGUAAUUAAACUUGAUCUGUUUUUCUAUCA